AUGGCUAGCAAGCCUGAGGCAGAUUGCCAGACGCCAGUCACAGUGGCUAGAGGCAGAUCGCAGAGGCAGAUCACCGGGCACGGGCGCCGCUGCUCCCGGCGGAAAGGACAGCAAUUCACAACAUCUUCGAGCAGCCGUGGCCUGGCUUCUGUUCUAAUCAGGAGAGGAAUUCGGGAAGUUAAGAGUUCUAUCAUCGCAAGCAGAUUGAUUGAAGGCAAAUCGAUCCUCACUUCUCAUAGAUACCUCAUAGCACAAGGUUUGUCAUUCCGUGGCCAUGAUGAAUCUUCUACUUCAUUGAACAAGGGGAACUUUCUAGAGAUGAUAGAUUGGUUAAAGGAUAGCAAUGAAGAUGUAAGAGUUGCUUUUGAUAGUGGUGGAAAUAAUUGCAAGAUGACUUCCAGAGAAAUACAAAAGGACCUUGCAAGGUGUUGUGCACAAGAAGUCACUGAAGUGAUUAUGGGGGAGCUUGGUGAUAAAAAGUUCUCCAUUCUUAUUGAUGAGUCACGCGAUAUAUCUGUUAAAGAACAGAUGGCAGUAAUGUUGAGGUAUGUGAACGAAGGGAAGGUUAUGGAACGAUUUAUUUGUCUACACCACAUCAUAGAUACAACAUCCGAGGCACUAAAGUUAGCUCUUCUAAAGAUUCUUGACCAUUACAAUUUAUCAAUUUCAAGGCUGCGAGGGCAAGGAUAUGACGGUGCUUCGAACAUGAGAGGUGAAUUCAAUGGUUUGCAAAGAAAAAUUCUAGAUGAAAAUCCUCAUGCUUUCUACAUCCAUUGCUUUGCCCAUCGUUUGCAGUUGGUUGUGGUUGCCGUUGCUAGUUCCUCUUGCUCAUAUAUUCACGAUUUUUUUGAGUAUGUAUCACUGAUUGUAACCGCAACAACUUCAUCUUGCAAGAAGAUGGAAAUGUUGGUGGAAGAAUCUCACAAAGAUAUUUUGAAAAGGCUCGAGAGGGGUGAAAUAUCUACAGGAAGGGGCUUGCAUCAACAGACUAGUCUGGCUAGACCUGGAGAUACUAGAUGGGGUUUACAUCAUAAAACAUUGCUUCGGUUGGACCAAAUGUGGGCCUGUGUGAUAAAAGUUCUUAGCACGGUUGAUGCAAAUGGGCGUAAUCCGAGCCAUGCCGCCGGUUGCAUAGAAAAGAUGGAGUGCUUCAAAUUUGCUCUUGUUUUGAAGCUUAUGAUGAAGUUGUUUGCUAUAACAAAUGAGCUUUCACAACUCUUGCAAAGAAAGGAUACAAAUGUUGUGCUUGCCCUGGAAUUAAUUCAUGAUGUUAAACUCCGCUUGGCUACCAUGAGAGAUAGUGGUUGGGAGAGUCUCAAGGACGAGGUCCAACAAUUUUGCAAUUCCAAAGGUAUUCCAGUUCCUAAUAUGGAUGAUGAAAUACCAGUUCGUGGUCGCUCGAGAAAAGAGGGAAGGACUAUCACCAAUCUUCAUUAUUAUCGGGCCGAGAUUUUCUAUGUCGUUAUUGACAAAAUAUGUGUUGAGAUGAAUCAUCGCUUCGGUGACUCAAAUCAAGAGGUAAUUGCAUGUUUCUCGUGUCUUGAUCCCAAGAAUUCUUUCUCCAAGUUUGAUGUGGAGAAGCUAUCACGGCUUGCUGAAAUAUAUUGUGCAGAUUUCUCAAAUAGUGACCGUGCAGUAUUGAGGGACCAACUUGAGACUUAUGUUCUUCAUUUGAGAAACCAUGUUGCAUUUUCUACUUGCAAAGAUGUUGAAAGUUUGGCUAGAAAAAUGGUUGAAACAGAGAAACAAUUGGUCUUUCCAUUGGUUUACAAACUCAUUGAGUUAGCUUUGCUACUGCCAGUGUCAACGGCGUCUGUUGAGAGAGCUUUCUUGGCAAUGAAAAUUAUCACGUCUAAAUUGCGUAGCACGAUCAAUGAUGAUUGGUUUAAUCACUUGAUGAUAUGCUACACCGAACGUGAAAUAUUUAAAUCACUCGAUGAUGAUGUUAUUACUCGAAGGUUUCAGGCUAUGAAGGCUCGAAAAGGAAUUUUACCGAGGCAUCAUUAG